AUGAAUGAGCUUGUGAUUCCCAAGAAAGCAACAAAGCAUCAGUUCCCAUAUGAAGAGCUUGUUCUCAAGGAGGACAACGACGGCUUUCCGAUGUGGGUGAAUUACGAUGGACUAAUCAUACUGGAGAUGUUCAGAGAGUCUUCCCGGCAAGCCUGUGACUUCCUAAUAGCCAUUGCAGAGCCCGUGAGCAGGCCACUGAAGAUACAUGAAUUUCAGAUUACGGCGUAUUCGUUAUAUGCUGCAGUAAGUGUUGGACUGACGACAGACGACAUCAUCAAGACAUUGGACCGGUUUUCAAAGAACUAUCUUCCGAGAUCUGUUAAGGUGUUUAUCACGGAAUGCACACUAAGCUAUGGGAAAGUAAAGCUUAUUCUGAAGGAAAACAGCUUUUUCCUGGAGGCGGCUAAUGAGUCUGUGUACAAAAUGCUGUCUGAAGACACUGUGAUACGAUCGCACACGGUUUGUAAGCCCAAAGAGGGAAGCGGACUAUCGAUUGAAGUAGAAGAUGUUGAGCUGGUUAAGAAAAGGUGCAUUGAAGUUGACUAUCCACUAAUUGAAGAGUACGAUUUCCGAAACGACAAGACACUUCGAAGCCUUCAGAUAGAUCUCAAGCCCACGACGAUUAUUAGAUCCUAUCAAGAAAUAUGUCUCAACAAGAUGUUUGGGAAUGGACGGGCAAGGUCGGGAAUAAUUGUACUUCCUUGUGGGUCGGGAAAGACAAUUGUGGGAAUUACGGCAAUAAGCACUAUCAAGAAGAGCUGUCUUGUGCUGUGUACAUCUGCUGUGUCUGUUGAGCAGUGGAAGCAGCAGACAUUGCAAUUCACCAACAUAUCCCCCGAGAAUGUGGGCAGGUUUACUUCCGAUCACAAGGAGUGGCCGAAGGACGAUUGUGGAAUAGUUGUUACAACAUACACGAUGCUUGCAUACACGGGAAAGCGAUCGUAUGAAGCCCAGAAGAUCAUGGACCUUAUACGGAAGACGGAAUGGGGAUUGCUUGUGCUGGAUGAGGUUCAUGUUGUUCCUGCAAUGAUGUUCAGAAGAGUAUUGUCACUGGUGGGGCAUCACUGCAAGCUUGGGCUUACUGCAACCCUUGUCCGGGAAGACGACAAGAUUGAAGAUCUUAACUUCUUGAUUGGACCUAAGCUUUAUGAGGCAGACUGGCAAGACCUUAGUGCCAAAGGGCAUAUAGCCAGGGUGUCGUGUGUGGAGGUAUGGUGCAGAAUGACUGGAGAUUUCUAUAGAGAAUAUCUUUCGCAGCCGACGCGGAGAAGAAGGCUUCUUUCGAUAAUGAACCCGACGAAGUUUCAAAUGUGUGAAUAUCUGAUCAACAAACACGAAAGUAGAGGAGACAAGAUCAUUGUAUUUUCAGACAGUGUGUAUGCACUGAAAGCGUAUGCCCUAAAGCUUGGGAAGCCGUUUAUUUAUGGGCCUACAGGGCAAACAGAGAGGAUGAGAAUUCUCAAGCAAUUUCAGACAAACCCGGUUAUCAACACGAUAUUUCUGAGCAAGGUUGGAGACACAUCUAUCGAUCUUCCAGAAGCUACAUGUUUGAUCCAAAUAAGCAGCCAUUUUGGAAGCCGUAGGCAAGAAGCGCAAAGACUUGGAAGAAUCCUCCGGGCCAAGAGGAGAAACGACCCAGACUUUAAGGUCUAUUUCUACUCUUUGGUGAGUAAGGACACGGAUGAGAUGUUCUAUUCGAACAAGAGACAACAGUUUCUGAUAGACCAGGGCUACACGUUUACGAUACUUACAGACAUACCGGAAGCUCACGAAAAUGAACACUGUGUGUACAGAACAAAAGGACAGCAGAGGGAGUUGCUGGCUGGAGUGCUUCUCGCAUCUGAAAAGGAAUUGGAGAGUGAGGAGAGUGGAGACGAGGAAGGGACUAUAUAUAGCACAGCAAGACUGAAGAGCUUUAGUGGGGGAGAUGAAAUGGCCUAUAUCGAGAAAAAGACACUAAGAUCCAAUUCGUCCGGCAAAGGUAACAAAAAGAAUAGGAAAUUGAAUCCAAAGCCUUAG